UCGCUGCUGGGCACCCCGCGCUGCCGUCUCCGGGGAAGAUGUCGGAUACCAAGGUGAAAGUGGCCGUCAGAGUCCGGCCCAUGAACAAGAGAGAGCUGGACUUGAAUACCAAAUGCAUUGUGGAGAUGGAAGGGAAUCAAACAGUGCUACAUCCUCCGCCUUCAAACAAGCAGGGAGAAAACAGGAAACCUCCGAAGGUAUUUGCCUUUGAUUACUGCUUUUGGUCUAUGGAUGAAACAAACACCGCAAAAUAUGCAGGUCAAGAAGUAGUAUUCAGGUGCCUUGGAGAAGGAAUCCUUGAGAAGGCCUUUCAGGGAUAUAAUGCUUGCAUUUUUGCCUAUGGACAAACAGGCUCAGGAAAAUCCUUCUCAAUGAUGGGCAACACGGAACAGCUAGGUCUGAUUCCACGACUCUGCUGUGCUUUAUUUCAGAGAAUUGUUUUAGAAGAAAAUGACUCUCACACUUUUAAAGUUGAAGUGUCUUAUAUGGAAAUUUAUAAUGAGAAAGUCAGAGAUUUACUGGAUCCUAAAGGGAGUCGACAGUCCCUCAAAGUUCGUGAGCACAAAGUAUUGGGUCCAUAUGUAGAUGGUUUGUCUCAGCUAGCUGUUACAAGCUUUGAAGAUAUUGAGUCACUUAUGUCAGAAGGGAACAAGUCCCGAACAGUAGCAGCAACCAACAUGAAUGAGGAAAGCAGCCGCUCCCAUGCUGUAUUUAAUAUUAUAGUAACUCAGACACUUUAUGACCUGCAGUCUGGUAACUCAGGGGAGAAAGUGAGUAAAGUCAGUCUGGUCGAUUUGGCUGGAAGCGAAAGAGUAUCUAAAACAGGAGCAGCAGGAGAACGUCUGAAAGAAGGCAGCAAUAUAAACAAGUCACUCUCAACACUAGGUUUGGUUAUCUCAUCACUUGCAGACCAAGCAGCAGGAAAGGGGAAAAACAAGUUUGUGCCUUACAGAGACUCUGUGCUCACCUGGCUUCUCAAGGAUAACUUGGGAGGAAAUAGCCAAACAGCCAUGAUAGCUACAAUCAGUCCUGCUGCUGAUAAUUAUGAAGAGACACUCUCUACUCUAAGAUAUGCAGACAGAGCCAAAAGGAUAGUUAAUCAUGCUAUAGUAAAUGAAGAUCCAAACGCCAGAGUCAUCAGAGAACUGCGUGAAGAAGUAGAAAAGCUUAAAGAACAACUUUCUCAAGCAGAGGCUAUGAAGGCACCAGAGCUAAAAGAAAAAUUGGAGGAAUCUGAGAAACUGAUAAAAGAACUGACUGUCACUUGGGAGGAGAAGCUUAGGAAAACAGAAGAAAUUGCACAGGAGAGACAAAGGCAGCUAGAAAGCAUGGGUAUUUCCCUUGAAUCUUCUGGCAUCAAAGUUGGGGAAGACAAAUGCUAUCUGGUGAAUCUAAAUGCAGACCCUGCACUCAAUGAAUUACUGGUUUAUUAUUUAAAGGAUCACACCAGGGUUGGCGCAGAUACAUCUCAGGAUAUACAGCUGUUUGGAAUAGGUAUCCAACCAGAGCACUGUGUGAUAGAUAUAACAACAGAUGGGGAAGUUUCUCUCUCACCAAAAGAAAAUGCAAGAUCCUGUGUUAAUGGUACACUAGUAUGUUCUACGACACAACUGUGGCAUGGAGAUAGAAUCUUAUGGGGAAACAACCACUUUUUUAGAAUCAAUUUACCUAAACGAAAGCGGCGAGAUUGGUUGAAAGAAUCAGAAAAAGAAAUGCUGUUAGCAGAACAUGAUCUGGAUGCUGCUAGUGAAGCUUCUUCAGAACCGGACUACAACUAUGAAUUUGCACAGAUGGAAGUUAUAAUGAAAACACUAAACAGUGAUGAUCCAGUACAAAAUGUUGUCCAGGUCUUGGAGAAACAGUACUUGGAAGAGAAGAGGAGUGCUUUGGAGGAGCAGCGGAUGAUGUAUGAACGUGAAUUGGAGCAACUCCGACAACAGCUCUCCCCCGAAAGACGAUUUCAAGAUUGCAGUGACAGGCUUUCCGACACUACCCAGGCUGCUCGGCAGAAAGUGAAUCUCUGGUCAGAAGAGAGGGAUGAGUUAUUUCGACAGAGCCUGGCAAAAUUAAGAGAGCAGAUAGUUAAAGCCAAUACACUAGUGAGGGAAGCAAACUUCUUAGCUGAAGAAAUGAGCAAACUAACAGAUUAUCAAGUGACACUGCAAAUCCCUGCUGCUAACCUGAGUGCUAACAGGAAGAGAGGAGUAAUAGUUAGUGAACCUGCUAUUCAAGUCAGAAGAAAAGGAAAAGGCACUCAGGUCUGGAAUAUUGAGAAACUGGAGAACAAGCUAAUUGACAUGAGAGACCUGUAUCAAGAAUGGAAGGAGAGAGUCCAUGAGGUGAAGAGACACACUGGCAAAAAAGGUGACCCUUUCUAUGAAGCACAAGAAAACCACAAUUUAAUUGGUGUUGCAAAUGUCUUCUUGGAGUGCCUUUUCUGUGAUGUUAAACUUCAAUAUGCUGUGCCAAUAAUUAGCCAGCAGGGGGAGGUUGCAGGGCGUCUGCACAUUGAAGUGAUGCGUGUCACUGGUGCUGUUCCUGAACGUGUUGCAGAAGACGACUCUUCUGAAAAUUCCAGUGAAAGUGGGAGCCUUGAAAUCAUGGACAACAAUGGAGAAGUUAUUCACAGGCCUAAAAAACUCACCUGCAGGGUAAAAGUUAAAGAGGCAACAGGUCUACCAUUGAAUCUGUCAAACUUUGUCUUCUGCCAGUAUACCUUCUGGGAUCAAUGUGAACCAACGGUUGCAGCUCCAGUUGUAGAUCCGGAUGUGCCUUCACCUCUAAGCAAGGAGGCCCAGUUUACAGUCACUUUCUCCCAUUGUAAGGAUUACACAGUGAAUGUAACAGAAGAAUUUCUGGAGUUCAUGGCAGAUGGAGCACUUGCUAUUGAAGUAUGGGGUCACCGCUGUGCUGGAAAUGGCAGUUCCAUAUGGGAGGUGGAUUCUCUUCAUGCAAAAACCAGGACCUUGAGAGACAGGUGGAAUGAGGUAACACGUAGAAUUGAAAUGUGGGUUUCAAUUCAAGAACUGAAUGAGAUGGGGGAUUAUGCAGCUGUGGAGCUUCACCAGGCAAAGGAUGUAAAUACAGGAGGGAUUUUCCAGCUUAGACAGGGCCAUUCUCGUAGAGUUCAGGUGACAGUCAAGCCAGUGCAGCAUUCGGGAACACUGCCACUUAUGGUGGAAGCCAUUCUCUCCAUUUCUAUUGGCUGUGUGACUGCCAGGUCAACCAAAUUGCAGAGGGGCUUGGACAGUUACCAGAGAGAUGAUGAUGAUGGUGAUAUGGAUAGUUAUCAGGAAGAAGACUUAAACUGUGUGAGAGAGAGGUGGUCUGAGGCACUAAUAAAACGGAGGGAAUACUUAGAUGAGCAGAUUAAGAAAAUCAGCAAUAAACAAGUAAAAACGGAUGAUGAUGAUGAAAGAGAAGCACGGCUUGUAGAACAGUGGGUGGGGCUAACAGAAGAGAGGAAUGCUGUCCUUGUCCCAGCACCAGACAGUGGGAUUCCAGGUGCACCUGCAAAUUGGAUCCCACCUCCUGGAAUGGAAACACACAUACCUGUCCUUUUCCUUGAUUUGAAUGCUGAUGACCUCAGUGCGAAUGAACAGCUUGUAGGUCCACAUGCAUCAGGAGUUAAUUCAAUACUACCGAAGGAGCAUGGAAGUCAAUUCUUUUAUCUGCCAAUCAUAAAACACAGUAAUGAUGAGGUUUCAGCCACUGCUGCCUGGGAUUCUUCUGUGCAUGAUUCAGCGCACUUGAAUAGGGUGACACCCCAGAAUGAGAGAAUCUACUUAAUAGUAAAGAUCACAGUCCAGCUCAGCCAUCCUGCUGCAAUGGAAUUGGUGUUACGUAAAAGGAUUGCAGCUAAUAUUUACAAUAAACAGAGUUUUACCCAGAGUCUGAAAAGAAGAAUUUCAUUGAAGAAUAUAUGUUAUGCUUGUGGUGUGACCUAUGAAAUAGUGUCAAAUAUACCAAAGGCUACAGAAGAAAUUGAGGACCGAGAGACCCUGGCUCUGAUGGCAGCCAAGAGUGAAAAUGAGGGUACAUCUGAUGGUGAAACUUACAUAGAGAAGUAUACGCGUGGAGUAUUGCAUGUAGAAAAUAUUUUGAGUCUUGAACGACUAAGACAGGCUGUCGCAGUCAAAGAAGCUUUGUCUACCAAGGCUCGACACAUACGGAGGAGUGUUAGCACACCGAAUGUUCACAACGUAUCUUCUAGCCGUUUAGAUCUUUCAGGCUGUGAUGAAGAUAAGGAUUGGUCAGAAAGUCAGCUAGAUAUAUUAGAUUGUUCCACCAGUUAUCAGGACAUAGCAUGCUACGGCACUUUACCCAGGGAUUCACCACGCAGAAGUAAAGAUGCUGGUGGUACCGUACUAGAGAAUCCACAGGCAUCAAUCAUCAGUCCAUUUAAAGCAUUUUCUCCGCAGCCACCCAAGUUUUUCAAACCUUUAAUGCCAGUAAGAGAAGAGAACAAAAAGCCAUCUCUUGAAACUCGGCCUCUACUUAGCAAAGAGAGCAUGCAGUCAUCUCAGGUAUAUAACAUUGGCUGUGUUGUGCCCUCAGGAAGUAAUACCAGUAGCAUGCCAGUAGAACACAAUAGCAUGCACAUGAAGAAGAUUGACUCGGAAGAAGAGGAUGAGUUGGAGGCCAUUAACAAGAAACCUUAUGUGCCUGAGGAGUUUGCUGAUUUUAGCGUUUAUAAUGCUAGCCUGGAAAGCAGGGAAUGGUUAUCAUCUAAAGGAGACUUAGUGAAUUCUCGGAUCCUUGAGAAAGAGGUAUCCCGUAGCCCCACCACUAGCAGCAUUACUAGCGGCUACUUUUCUCACAGUGCCUCAAACGCUACUUUGUCUGAUAUGCUGGUUUCCUGUAGUGAUAGCACAGACCAAUUAGUGAAUCAGAUUAGGGAUCUGGACUCUAGUGACCAUUCUGCUGCCCAUCUCUCCCAUGAUUUAAGAUCUUCAAACAAAGAGGCUGUGGAGCCAGAAAGAGGCUGCUGUAAAGAUAAGAGCGCCAUGUCACCGCUCAAAGGAAACAAUGCCUUAGCAAGAGAGAUUCCAGUGUCUGAAAGUAACACCAACGUAGAUGCCACAAAGUUACAAGGUUCAGCUGGGGAUUUUUCCAAUAAUAAAAACUCAGAACGUGGAAUUGAAUUUACAACUCGAGAAGUAACAGUAGAGCAUACGUCAAAUGUUUUUGAGGAUUACGCUUUCACGGAAUUCAUGGGUGCUGAAGAUGGAAAGGAACUUGAAUGUUCAAGAGUGCCACGGUUCUGUUCUAGCGGCUCUUCGAACAGGAAAAAAAAGCUUUCAGCGGCUGAAACGAACUGUGCCACAGGUUCCUCAAGAAAGAACUGCAACGAGGACAAACCAGCGAGCCAGCUGGAGCCUACACAAGCAGCAUACCAGCAGGCAAGCAGUAUUGAAAACCCUGCGUUGGCUGCCGUAGUAAAAAAGGAUUUGUGUUGUCAGACGUAUACAGAUUCUUUCCUAGCAGAUGACUUUGCUGGAAAAAGUAAUUUGGAUAGCUCUGCUUGUGAAGAUGCUGCUUCAGAAGAGUGCCCUAACUGGGUGGCAGUGGGGGAACAAGUGUGCAUUGGAAACAAUAAAUCUGGCAUAGUGAGAUAUAUUGGGCCAUUGGAUUUUUCAACUGGUACUUGGGUUGGCAUUGAAUUACAUUUCCAGAUGGGGAAACACGAUGGCACUAUAAAAGGUAGAGAGUAUUUCCACUGCAAGCCACGACAUGGGGUAUUUGUUCGUCCUGGGUGUCUCACUAAAUUACCAGUUUCCACAACGGUAGAUAGCAGCACUUCACAGUCUCAGGUAUUCUCCUCCAGCAUGGCGAUGUGGAAGAAUUCAGCUCAAGGGCCAUACUCUGCCAAAGCAGGAGCAGCAGCCCUCUGUCAGUCAGGAGAUGCGGCAGCUUCUGCUUUUUCAAGAAAACAGGAGAACAGAAAAUCUUGGAUUCACUAAAGCUGCAGUUUUGUUUUUGCACUUGCUGCACAUGUCACUGUGUGGAAACUUUUUUUUUACUUUGAAGUGACUGGUAGAGUUUUAAUCUGUCCUUAUUGAAUGUUUGAAUCGUGGACAUAAUUUUCCAGUUCUUUUUUUAUAAAUAAUAUAUAUGUAAAAUCGCUGUAUCAUUUGUCUGCCGAAAGGCAAACAUGACUGUACACUAAAUCACAAUUAGUUUGUAGAUAUUUUGAGGUACUUGACUGUUUGUUACUCCACAAAUUAGAUCAUAUUUUAAAUAUUUUAUUGUGUGGGAAGGCUGUACAUAUGUGUCUGAGAGAAAACCGACAAUGUGCUGUUAGUUACCAAAGAACACACUUUCUGUUUAUCUUGUGUUUACUUUACAUGUUUGUUUAAACUGUUAGGUUUGGGGCCAUAUUUUUAGACAUUAACACCAGGCACCAUGCCACCUUAUAUCCUGUGUUUUAGUGAGCACACUGAAGAGACUGCGGUUGUUUUUCUUUUCUUUUUUCUUUUUUCUUUUUGUCUUCCUAUGGGCCUGCCACUGUGCUGACUUCUUGACAUGUACUGAAAAAUAUUAACAAUGCCUAAAGCUUGUAUGUUUGGUGUUUCACGUGCCAAUACAGGCCAAUCAAGUGAUUUGAAUGCAGAAACAGUAUUAUUGUACAGAAGGUGGACAACAUUUUCAACAAAUGGCUUCUUUUAAAAACAGGGAGGGGGGGAACAAAGCAGCAGGGGUGGAUCGGAGCUAUAAACCCAUUCCCUGUCUGUUGCUGACUUGAGUCCAAACUGAAACAAAAUAUCUGGAGCUGAUUUUAAUGUGGAAGGUUCAAUUUAUAACUGUGGAUUUCACAUGAUGCUUUUGAGUCCUUGGCUGACAAGCUAUUCCAUGUACAGAUGCUGUCUUGGAUAUUUAUAAGGUAGCAAAUGAUAAUGGAAAGGUAUGUAUGGCCUGCCGUAUUUGUUCUUUAUAUCUUGGAAAGUAAUUGAGGUAGUGGGACCUUACAGAAAAGCUGCUGUUCUUGGAUUCAUAUAUAUAUAUUAAGCUGACUUAGUAUUUUGCUAUUUACUGUAAAAAGUGUAAUUUAUAUUCUAUUUCAGCUAUACUGUAUUUAAUUUGGUACAGAACAUUUGAGUUAGAAUACAGAUUUACUUCAUUUAUAAAAUCUAUGUCUAUUUGACUACAUUCUGUAAUAUAAGACUGCAUCAGAUAAAAGGUUUAGUUACUAAUUUGGUGUUUCAUCAUAUGUUGUAUUUACUUCUUAAAAUACAUGCUAAAAAGAGCAUAGUGUAUUUUAAAAUGGAGUGUAUACAUCACUGAUCAAAAGCCCAUCCAAAGUAGCAGUUUUUCUUCAAAGAUUGUGGGAAAUAUAAGAUACAUGCUAUUGUGGGAAACAUUUCAGCAGUGGCUCCCAACCUUUUUGGCACCAGGGACCAGUUUCAUGGAAGACAACUUUUCCACGAACUGGGAGGUGGUGAUGGCAUUGAGGUUUUUGCCACCCCAGGCUGCCCCCCGCCCAUUUCCCAUGGGGGGGGAGAUGGGGGCUGUUUCUGCUGCCUGUCCACUAGGUGGCCAGGUGGCAGGCCAGUUUGCCUCCCCCUCUCAUUUAAAGACCCCCACCUGAGGCUGCACUGCCUCUUUCAUCCACCCAGGUCCCAGUGGUUGGGGACUGCUGAUUUCAGCUUAUGAAUUUAGAUGUGUUUACAGAACUAUAAGAAUGCUUCCAUGCAUUGUUAGAUUUUCUCAGCCUAACAUAAAGUGCCAUUGUAUCUGCAUGUUUAAUUGUUUUUGCCUGCAAUAGCUUCAAAAGUAAAGGUUCAGUACUUCUGACUGCACACUGAGUGCUGAGUGCUGUACAGAAUAAACUGCUCUUCAUUUUGGGUUUUUGCCCCAACUGCAACAAACUGCUUUAAUCCAACAGUAAAUUGUUUCAGAAUGUAAGUGCAAAUACACUUACAACAAAAAAUAUACACUAACCUUUGAUAACAGUCACAGGAUGGGAAAUACUGCAAAUGAUUUUAUAAAUAGAUAAAAUCAUAUGGCAAGGGCAGUUUUAAAAUCAAGGUUGUUCGUGCUUUCAAGAAUGCCUCUAAUUGUGACAAUCCCUAAGGUAGAAUUUCUAAAAAGCUUAAGACAAGAGUGUUGAAAUAAGUAGAUGCAGUAGAGCACAAAUAUGAAAGCUGUAUUUGCAGCAGGCAUUCAUUUUUGUGACAUGCAUUUCUGAUGUCGGUUCUAGAAUACAACUUUCAUUUGCAAUAUUCAGUUCUAAUACUGAGCACAUAAAUCGGAUCACAUCAAUGUUUUCCAUUCAUAUAUACAUGUUUUUGUUGGAAUAAAUUAAAAUAACCCCUACAGGCUUUGGGGUGGGGUUUUUUUUGUUUGUUUUUACAAAAUCUUCCAAUAAUGGUUGGGCUCAGCACUAAGAGGAACAUUUUAGGAACAUACAUUUAAGGAUAUAGUAUGAAAGCUGCGGAAUUGAUUUGUGUGUACAGCUGUCUCUUUUUACUGUUUUAUAUUAAUUUGAAUAUGUAUAUAUGUAUUUUGACUAAUACUGUCUACCUGUAAUGUAUUUUUAUAUUCAGAAAAUAUUUUAUAGGAAUAGGUCACCUAUAAAACAUGCUCAAACAUGA